UCAAAAUCUGGAAUGUUAACAACAAACCAAUUCAAUCAUUCAUUAUUUUAGUAAUUUUUCAAUCAAACUUCAUCAAAACCCAGUCAACGCCUUCCUCCAAACCCAGCUAAAAGUUUCACAAAAUACAUUCUUGAACCAUUUCUCAGAUACCCAUUUCAGAAAUCUUCAUGGUUUUAGAAACAUGUUUGAAUCCAGACCAAGAAUUGUGUUAAGCUUCCUAGUCCUGGUUUACUUAUUCUCAGUUCCAUUACCAGUUGAGUCCCAAUGCAAGAAAGGUUGUGAUUUAGCUUUAGGUUCAUUCUAUGUAUGGAGGGGUUCAAAUCUCCCUUUAAUCUCACGGAUGUUCUCCACCAGUAUACCUGAUAUUGUAGCUUACAACAACAAGGUCAAUAUCCCUAAUCAAUUUAGUGUCAUAGCUGGGACAAGAAUUAACAUACCCUUUCGUUGUGAUUGCUUGGACGACGAGGUAUUGGGACAUUCUUUUCCGUACAAGGUUAAACCCCGCGAUACUUAUGAUCUGAUCGCGAGGAACUACUCCGAUGUUACGACUGUGGAUUUGUUGAAGAGGUUUAAUAGCUAUCCUGAGAAUAAUAUCCCUGAUAAUGUGAACUUAAGCGUGGUAGUGAAUUGCUACUGUGGGAAUAGUGAUGUUUCCAAAGAUUAUGGCCUGUUUGUUACAUACCCUUUGAGGGCUGAGGAGAACCUGACGUACGUGGCGUCCACGGCUAAUGUGAGUGCUAAUAUAAUCAGAAGGUAUAAUCCAGAGGCAAAUUUCAGUUCAGGGAAAGGGAUCAUCUUUAUACCGGGAAAAGCUAGUUGAUCGGCAGCAUGGACA